CACAGUCACCAUCGUUUUAGGGUACUCUAGCUGUCCAGAUCCUUGCUGGGACCAUUCUGGAUGAUCGUGCUGCUGCCUACAUGUCAGCUGUUGAAACUUUCGAGAGAGUAGCCCAAUCCAUUCACACUGAUCUUGGGAGUGGUUCUCAUCCUUCUGACUGUGUUUCUGUUGCAGACACUUCUGUAUCUACGAUCAGAGAAAUUCCUGCUCAGGCUCCUCUCGUAACCUCUUUAACAGCUCCGAUUGGUAGUCAGCCAACUAAAGUGGCAGAAGAGAAAGAAAGAAGAUUAAUUUUGGCCAAAACAAAUGCUGAAACUCGCAGAACGGGGAGAAAGUUGGUGCGUCCCCGUCUUGUCCAACAUGAAGAACCGCAGCUUGAUGUAGAAAUGUCAGAGGCGGAUGGAACUAACAAUGAAGGAAAGCAUGCUAUAUCACAUGAUUUUGAAAGUCAGGGAAAUGCUGUCUUACCAGGAAAGUCACCCCUUCGCAAACGUCUGGCUCCACCUGCUUCUGAGUUGAGCCAGGAAUCAUUGAAUCUAGGGGAGAUUGCUUCUGAAGUUGCUCCACCUGUACUGAAGAAGUCCAAGGGCUCUGAGUUGAGCCAGGAAUCAUUGAUUCAAGGGGAGAUUGCUUCUGAAGUUGCUCCACCUGUACUAAAGAAGUCCAAGGGCUCAGAUUUCCAACCAGGGGUUGCUGAAGGACCAUCUGCUGUUCUAGGGGAAAGCAUGGUAACUCAACCUGCAGUAGAUGAAACUUUAGAUGCUACUGGUGAUCUAUCUCAAGGUUCCAAUGAUGAUGCAGUUGAUGCUGAGAAGGAGGAGUUUGAAGAACCAAAGGAAUCUCAGGAUGUGGAUGGAAUGAAUGAAGUGGACUUGCAGGAAAAUAAGAAUGAUAUAUUGGAGGAAGGUUUAGAUAAGCCAACUGAAAUAGAGGUGUUGUUUGAUGAAGGGUCAAAAGAACAGGAGGUGGAGUGUGACAGGGAAGAAGGAGAGCUGGUCCCAGAUGUAGAAGCAGAUCUUGAAGUUGGUAUACCGUCUAACACAACUGGGAGUCCAGCAACUGGGGAAGGUCAGUCUGAGCCCGUUGGGACCCCUGUUGCUUCACCUCCUAGGGGUGAUGAAAGUAAUCUAGUUGCUGCAGCGGCAGAAGGUGACACUACGGAGGUUCAAAAUAAGGAGAAAAAUGAUGGUGACAGUGCAGAAAAAGUUAUUGCUGAAAGGCUUUGAUAAGUCAAAUAAUGGUAACGGACAGACUUCAGUGGAAAAUAUUCAGUUGCCUGAAGCUGCCUUGGUUUGCUGUUGAGACAACUU